AGCGGCAGGCAGUGCCAUGCAGGGAUCCUGCCCCUGUCCCGGGGUGGCUUUGAGGGGACGGCGUGGGCACGGCCCGGCUGGGCAGCUCUGAGGGACCCCGGCUGGCUGGGGAUGCACUGAGGAGCCGCUCUGGGACGGGAUGAGUCAGUUCUGAGAGGCUCCUCCGCCGCCCCGGCCGUGUCUGACCCAGCUCGGCACGGCUCAGACGCUGUCCCCGCUGCCGAGGAUGGGCUGGGCGGCAGGGAUGAAGCAGAAGUGAACGUGGGAUGCGGAGCUGCGGCUUCCCGGCAGCGGAACUCGCUGGAUGUUCAGGCUUGGAGAUCUGCACCGCGCUGGUGAUGUUCAGCCCGUCCUCUGCCGUGAGCCCGUGCCCCUCGCCGCGGGUGCCCCAGGCCGUCCCCAUGGACCUGCGCAUCGGGCAGCGCCUGCUCAAGCCCCAGGACACGGCGCUGCUGGCCCUGAAGCAGCAGCAGCUGCAGCACCAGCUCUUCCUGGCCAGCCUGCACCAGCAGCAAGUGGAGCAGCUCGCCCACCAGCACGUCAGGGUGGCCAUGGAGUCCCCUCACCACGAGGCUGAGCCGGGCCAGCAGGAGCAGGAGCUGCGCCAGAUCCUCAACAAGGACAAGAGCAAGAGGAGUGCCGUGGCCAGCACGGUGGUGAAGCAGAAGUUGGCCGAGGUCAUCCUGAAGAAGCAGCAGGCGGCUCUGGAGAGGACCAGCAACGCCCCCGCUGCAGCCCUGCCCUACAGGUCCCUGGAGCCCCUGGAGCCCGAGGGUCCCUCCCCUGCCAUGCUCAGCACGUUCCUGUCCCCUGUGCCCAGCACUUCUCUGGACACCCCCGAGCACUUCCCGCUGCGGAAAACAGCGUCCGAGCCCAACCUGAAGGUUCGGUGCAAGCCCAGGAAGUGCCUGGAGCGGCGCAAGAACCCCCUGACCCGCAAGGAGAGCGCCCCCCCCUCGCUCAAGAGGCGCCCGCCCGACGCCAUCGACUCGUCCCCCAGCAGCAGCAGCACCCCCGUGUCGGGCUGCAGCUCUCCCAACGACAGCCUGCCCGCCGAGCACGCCGCGCUGCCCGCUGCCCCCGGAGGGGCCCACGAGACGCCGCUGGCGCAGCGCCUGCUGAUGCAGGAGAGCUCCCUGGCGCAGUUUGCCCUGCAGAGCGCGGCCUCCCUGCCGGCCAUCACCCUGGGGCUGCCGGCCACCACCGGCGCCAGGGGUGACACGGAGCGCCGGGCACUGCCCAGCCUGGCUCACCGGGUCCCGGUGCUCAAUGGCCCGGUGCUCCCGGGCUCGCACCCGCCCGUCUUCAUCCCGGCCAGCCUGGAGCAGCACGAGGCCGGCAGCGCCCUGUCCCCCCGGCUGCAGCCCGUCAUCAUCCUCGAGCCCUCGGUCACCCACGCGCCGCUGGUGGCAGUGCCAGGCCUGGGGGCCGUGCCCUUCUCCUUCGCCCCGUCGCUGGUGCCCGCGGAGCGCCUGGCACUGCCCGGGCAGCACAAACCGCUGGGCAGGACCCGCUCGGAGCCGCUGCCGCCCAGCCCCAGGGCCGUGCAGCAGCACCUGCUCUUCCAGCAGCACCACGCCCACUUCCUCGAGAGGCUCAAGCAGCAAACGCACCUGGGCAAGCGCAUGGCCAAGUCCAGCGAGAAGCCCCGGCUGCGGCAGAUCCCGUCCUCGGAGGACAUGGAGGCCGAGGGGACCCUCCCGGAGGCGGCGGCCGAGACUGCGGAGCCCGGCAGGGCCCGGGUGGAGCCGGCCCGGCCCGGCAGCAGCGGCAAGGAGCCCGAGAGGACGCAGAAGAUGGGGCAGCCCCAGGAGGAGCUGGUCCUGCAGCAGGCCCUGCUGUGGGACUCCUUCCAGCGGGUGCAGCAGCAGCUCCUCAAGCGCCAGCCCCUGGCCGACCCUCCCGUGCUGCCCCCCGGCCACCGGCCCCUGUCCCGGGCUCAGUCGUCCCCGGCCACGGCCACCGUGUCCCUCCCUGCCCAGGACACCAAGGCGCUGGCCCUGCCCGUGCAGGAGCAGCCGCCCAAGCCACACUUCACCACAGGGCUGGUUUAUGACUCGGUGAUGCUGAAGCACCAGUGCUCCUGCGGGGACAACAGCAACCACCCCGAGCACGCGGGCAGGAUCCAGAGCAUCUGGUCCCGGCUGCAGGAGCGGGGCCUGCGCAGCCGCUGCGAGUGCCUGCGGGGCCGCAAGGCCACCCUGGAGGAGCUGCAGUGCGUGCACAGCGAGCGCCACGUGCUGCUCUACGGCACCAACCCCCUGAACCGCCUCAAACUGGACAACGGCAAGCUGGCAGGGAUCCUGUCCCAGAGGACGUUUGUGAUGCUGCCCUGUGGAGGGGUGGGGGUGGACAGUGACACCAUCUGGAACGAGCUGCACUCGUCCAACGCCGCGCGCUGGGCCGCGGGCAGCGUCACCGAGCUGGCCUUCAAGGUGGCCACCAGGGAGCUGAAGAACGGCUUUGCCGUGGUGCGGCCGCCCGGACACCACGCGGAUCCAUCCACGGCCAUGGGAUUCUGCUUCUUCAACUCGGUGGCCAUCGCUGCCAGGCAGCUGCAGCAGAAGGGGAAGCUCAGCAAGAUCCUCAUCGUGGACUGGGAUGUUCACCACGGCAACGGGACGCAGCAGAUUUUCUACAGGGACCCCGAGGUUCUCUACAUCUCCCUGCACCGCCACGACGAUGGCAACUUCUUCCCGGGCAGCGGGGCUGCUGAUGAGGUGGGCGCUGGCCCCGGCGAGGGCUUCAACGUCAACGUGGCCUGGGCUGGGGGGCUCGACCCCCCCAUGGGGGACCCCGAGUACCUGGCUGCCUUCAGGACCGUGGUGAUGCCCAUUGCCCACGAGUUCUGCCCCGACGUGGUUCUGGUGUCGGCCGGAUUCGACGCAGCCGAGGGGCACCCGCCCCCCCUGGGGGGCUACAAAGUCUCUGCCAAGUGUUUUGGCUACAUGACCAAGCAGCUGAUGAGCCUGGCGGGGGGGGCCGUGGUGCUGGCUCUGGAGGGGGGGCACGACCUCACGGCCAUUUGUGACGCGUCCGAGGCCUGCGUGUCCGCCCUGCUGGGCCACGAGCCGGAGCCGCUCCCCGAGGACAGCCUGAGGCAGAAGCCCAACGCCAACGCCGUGCGCUCCCUGGAGGCCGUGAUCCAGGUCCAGAGCAGAUACUGGGUGGCCGUGCAGCGCUUCGCCUCCAAGCUGGGCUGCUCCUUCCUCGAGGCUCAGCACCACGAGGCCGACGAGGUGGAGACGGUCACGGCCCUGGCGUCGCUCUCGGUGGCCGUGAUGGUGGAGAAGAGGGCACAGGAGGAGCCCAUGGAGCAGGAGGAGCCCAUGAACCAGUGACCCUUGGGGACAUUCCCGGCGUGGCCGCAGCCCCUGAAGAUCCCGAUCCCGUUUGUCCCCCUGGCUCCCGAGGCCCUGGGCAGGCCUGGAUUCCUGGAAGGGACAUUCCCACAUCCAACAGGACGGGAGCACGGAGAGCCCCGAGCCUGGACUGUGCCCAAGCCCCCUCCCCAAU